AGCCGAUCGAGCGUUUUGAGAGUUUGUGACCACUGCUUUUCAAUGAUUAUUGUGUGCUUUUUGCCAAAUCCAAAUGACAUGUAAUGUAUUUUUGGCGUGCUUUAAUCAUUAUGAUAGUUGAAUAGUCGUGAGUUAUUAAAGUGCCGUUGAUGAUUCAAGUCCUGUGGUUUGCUGAUGGUCUUUCGUUGUUGAACACUAUUGAAUACAUUUUUUAAAGGUUCUUUUAAAAAGCACCGGCGGAUUAAUAUAUGCUUUUAGACGGUGGGAAAACUAUGUAGUUGCAAUGGUUGCGAGCACAACGAUUGAUAUGACUGGAUCUAUAUAUCAUGAACGACAAGUGAAGGAGCUGUGUGCAUUACAUGCGUUAAACAACUUGUUUCAAGAGCGUGGAUUUAGCAAGCAAGAAUUAGAUCAAAUUUGUUACAGUCUAAGUCCAGAUGUGUGGAUCAAUCCUCAUAAAUCUCUAUUAGGACUUGGCAACUAUGAUAUUAAUGUUAUUAUGGCUGCUCUCCAAAGAAGAGGACGCGAAGCUGUAUGGUUCGACAAACGUAGAGAUCCAAAGUGUCUUUGUUUAGACAACAUUGAGGGUUUUAUACUUAAUGUCCCAACUGAAUACAAACUAGGUUUUGUGCUACUUCCGUUAAAACGACGUCAUUGGAUCGCUCUGAAAAAGAUACAUGGUGCCUUUUAUAAUCUUGAUUCAAAACUGGACUCGCCGCAAUUAAUAGGAAAGGACAACGAUUUACUCAUAUAUCUAAAGGAUCAGAUAGAUAGCAAGGAAAAGGAACUAUUCCUUGUUGUUACUAGAGAAAUUGAUAGCAAUCAAGGAUGGUUAAUAGAUACAUGUGAAAAUCAAGAUGACAAUAACAUGGAUCAUGAUUCCAUUCGGUAUAUCGAGGAUGGAUACCCAGAUAUAGAUUUGAAAAAAUCUGAAUCUAAAGAAAUGAAUGAAAAUGAGGAAUUCCUAGAUAACAAAAAUUCUAGAUAAUUGGGGCCACAUGCAUCAUGCUCCACUCAAUUAUGUAUUUAUUCAUUCCCUUGUUGCUAAUUUAAGGAGGGGUAAUUAUAAUUAUUGCAAGAAAAGACUUGGAAUUAUAUAAAAACAGAGACAGGAAGAUACACAGAGAAAAAUAAAGCAGAUAAUGGGAAUUACACGUAAUAAUGUUUCAUUGAGCAUGUUUUGCAAUAUUUUCAAUCGUAUUUAUGUG